AUGUCUUCGCUAGUGGACGAUGUUUGUGAUCUUUUGGACAGUUACAAUGGGAGAGACAAGGUGGUCCGUCUAGCUUGUUAUGCAUGCAAACUAUAUGGAUGUGUACAAGAUGAGAAGCCCUGGCAGUCUGCUGGCUCUCGGCUGUCCAAUGCCAGGAUGAUGCUGCGACUCUUCGAUGAUAUCCCCAUGAUCAGACACACAUACAACUAUGGUUUAGGAAAACAUGAAACUACAAGAGCAGCAGCAAUACUAGGAGUUGUAGCAAACAUGGUGGACCAGGCAUUCUUACCUGUGGAGAAGGCAUGCUGGCUCUAUGAUGUGGGCAUCCUUAAGCUGUCAGAUGACACUGCUUAUAAACUAGAGACUGUCAGCACUAUGCUGUGGGCUGCUAGUCUGCUUAUAUCACUUGUACAAACAUCAAGCUCAAUAAGAAAACUAUGGUGGAGUCGGGAUUGUUUACAAAAAGCGUCAGAAAACGGCGGAGCUGAUGCCAAGAAACACUUAGAUGUCAGACUUAUGUUGGAGAGCAUAGUAGCAGGGAAACUAUGUCUGGACAUCACCCAUGCUAUCAGCUGCUUACCCGAAGGCUGGCUUUGGGGAGAAAAGAUUGGAUCGACGAAAGUAGCGACCAUAGCAACUACAUCGUCCGUCAUAGGUAUUGCCAUGUACUUCGCGAAGAAACGACUAUUAAAAUAA